UGUUGUGAUAGCAUUUUGUAUGAGAAACAAUAGACGGUAUGUGGAAUUACACUUGUUGUGCUGUUAACUGCAAAAAUAACGGUAAAACUAGUGAUUGUAUAUUUUACAAGUUUCCAACUGCAUCACAUAAAAUAGUUCAAAGGCAAAAAUGGAUUGCUGCUGUGAAAAGAAAAAAUCCUGAUGGUUCAAAGUGGACUCCAAAAACUCAUCAUGUAAUAUGUAAUGCUCAUUUCAUUGGCAAGAAAAAAUCAGAUGAUCCUGCGAGUCCAAGCUACGCGCCAACUCUAUUCCCUCCAGUUUAUCAUGCAAAGCAAGUAAAUGAAAGAGCUGUUUUAAGGAGGUACAAUCCACUCAUGAACCGAAGAAAGACUCUUCACAAGCAUAACAUCAGAGUGAAUUGUGAUACUGGAAAUCAAGUUAAUGACGACUCCAACAAUGUUGUCAAUAAUAGUGGACGUGAACCUAUGGAUAUAAGCAGUGCCGAAGUAAUUUUGAAAAGUGAUUAA